AUGGCUCCUCGAGGUCCAGCUUCCGCUUUCGACAGCGAAACCUUCGGCCAAGAUGCAUCUUUCAGACUCGAGCAGCCCGUGGGAUCCAUGACCAUUUCCCCAAGCGGGCGUGAUGUUGCAUUGGCCUCCAAAGAGGGACUUCAUAUCAUUGACCUCGAUUCUCCCUACUCUCCACCACGUUACCUCCCUCACCGGACGCCCUGGGAGGUUGCUGACGUUCAGUGGUCUCCAUUCGCUGCGAGGGACUAUUGGGUGGUCAGUACGUCGAACCAAAAGGCUCUGGUUUGGAAUCUGGAUGCUCGAUCAUGGCAGGAUCCUAUCGAGUUCGUCCUGCACGGCCAUACUAGAGCAAUAACCGACAUCAACUUUUCCGCCCAUCAUCCUGACGUCCUUGCGACUUGCGCCGUUGAUAGCUUUGUGCACAGCUGGGAUCUGCGCGCUCCAGCGAGACCCGUUAAUUCCUUCUCUGACUGGUUUGCUGGUGCUACCCAGGUCAAGUGGAGCCGACAAGACGAACAUGUUGUUGCCAGCGCUCACGAUAAGUUCCUCCACAUUUGGGACGACCGAAAUGGUGCAUAUCCCGUGCGCACCAUUGAAGCCCACGGAACGAAAAUCUAUGGGAUCGACUGGAACCGCCACGAUCACAACAAGCUUGUCACUUGUUCCCUGGAUCGGACCAUCAAAUUUUGGAAUUUCAGCGGGGAAGAAAGCACUCUGGAGCGCGUCAUCGAAGCUCCGUUCCCCGUGUGGAGGGCACGUCAUACUCCUUUUGGAUGGGGACUGCUCGCCAUGCCACAGCGCGGGAACAGCGACCUGCAUCUCUAUGAUCGUCGUGCGGUCAAUGGGGUCUUCGAGAGCGGCGCAGUCCGACCGGUUGCGACAUUCAAGGGUCAUGAAGGCCAGGUCAAAGAGUUCCUGUGGCGCGCUCGGGGUACAAUUGCCGACAACGUAGACCAUCGAGACUUCCAGCUGGUGUCCUGGGGUACGGACAGGGAGUUGAGGCUCCAUGCCCUUGAGCCCGAUAUAUAUGCAGACAUCGGGUACGAAAAAGGUGUUUCCAAAAUCCAACGACUGAAUUUCACGCGAAGAGGCGCAGUGUACAAGACUUUUCGCGAUGUACCGGGAGACGUCGACUCCCCACUGGACGAAACACCUCGCAGUGAAGUCUUCUCCCGUCACAGCCACCUCACGCAUUUCCGACCUCGUUCGAGCACCAGCGUUGGCAUGAGUAAAAUGCCUGUUUCACAAUUCCGUGGCUGGGUCCAAGGGGGCCGUUAUGCGCAAAGAUCUGGCAUGCACGGAAGAGGCAACAAUCGGCAGAAUACGGAUCCAAUAUCAUGGUUGAAGAAUGUGAAGAUAUUUUCUUGGGACCCUGACACCUUGGCUGAGGAGAUUCGACAAGUCGGAGAGAAAUUCAAAAAGGUAGAGUUUGAGGUCGUUGAUAUCUCGCAUCGAAAGGCCGUCAUGUCGCUGCAAGCCCCUUGGGGGGAGGACCAGAGCCAGGUGUACUUGAGAGUGGAGAUGAGGUUUCCGAAACAAUAUCCACAGAAAGCAAACGCAGUCUUGACUCUGCAGAAAUCGAGGUUUCUGGACGAAGCCACGCACCGACUGAUAACAACAGAGCUGCACACAAUUGCAGAAACCUAUGCCUCCAGGAAACGCGGGUGUUUGGAAGCAGUUCUACGGUACUUACUCAGAGAGCAGAAUCUGGAACAGAUUGUGUCUUGGGUUCUUGGAGAAUCACUGGUCGAUUCAAAGAUCUUGGACACGAGCACGAUCGGAGCCGACGACUCUAGCAGUGACAGUGACGAUCAACUCGAGGGCGUGCGAGAAGGCCUCGAUGCUUCGGCGAACGUUCUUGUGCCGCUGGCCAAGGGCUGUGGUGCCAUUUGGUCCGAGACUGGAAAGUUGAUUUGCUUCUUUCCUGCCAAAGGAAAUGAACCUGUCUCCUUUUUGAGCACCUUGGGCGUCAAAGACCUCGACGAGUCCGACUCGAGCAGACUCUUCGAGGGCUUUGGCCGAUUACACACAAGCUCACCUGCCCACAAAACCACCCGAGGAACCAAGACCGCGGACGACAACUCGGACUCUGACACAUCAGACUCCUCGUGGAAGUCAUCCAGUAGUUCCUCGUCCUCAUUCGAGAGCGAGCAAAACAUUCCUGGCGUGUCAUCAUACCGAGUCGGAGCUUCCGGGCUCCAACAACGGUCACGCUCACCGGAUCGUUCCAACCAAUCCACCACCGGUGGCGCCAACAAGCUGAAUGAUGCUCCCCGUAAGAGUGCUGUGUCAAUACACACUUUCGAUGAUCUGAUUCCAUCAAAGCGCGAGCUGGCGGUUCAAUAUCAGAUGUUUGGAGACGGACCAGAAGUUUGCAAACACAAUGCUGACGUUGCUCGAGACGCAUUGUUCAAGGACCUGGAGUCCGUGUGGACUGUUGUCAGCCUUGUCUUGGACCACUCGGUGCCUCUGGAAGUUCUCUCAGAGGUCCGGAAUCCGAGUUUGCGAGACUUGUUGGUGAUCGCGAAACAGGCACAAGGAAGGGGUCCCCGAAAGGGCAGCUUUCAUUUAGACAGGCACAAGAUCUUUGGGAGGACUCGAUGGGGCAACCACCCGCUUGGCUCGACGUACCUGCUUCCAGCUAUCUUCGACUACUUUGAACGACUCGGCGAUGUACAGAUGCUUGCCACCUUGGCUUGCGUCCUUGCAUCAAGUCUCAACAACGGUUUCAUACCGGGUGACACGCAAGAGACAGCGCAUCAGCCUCCUUCCGGCGACAUCUCCCUCAUUCGGGGUGACUAUUUUCCAUCCAGGGCCGCGGCCAAAUCUUCGCUCCGAAGAGAUGUCGACGUGGAAGGAUAUGUCUUUGUCCACUCCAAAAAUGUGCCGCUGAGUCCCGGUAUUCCAGGACUGGGAAGCUCUGGAAGUCGACGCAGGCCACGCCAUAUUCUAGGCCGCCAAGCGAGUCAGCUCUCCUCGACAGCGACUAGUUUCGUUGCUGAAGACUCUCAUGACCACUCUGCGCCCUAUUCAACUGCUGUCUCCGUGUCGACGUCUCCCGAAGGGAAUCGGCCAAGCAACAAGUCAGCCUCGGGCAUUUCUUAUCCUUCUGCGCGAGCAAGUCUCUCGGCUUUGACACAGUCCUAUUCAAACUCCCCUCCGAAUCAAAGCUCAUCGUCGGGCUUUGCAUCCAGUCUGAAAAAGUACAGCCCCUCAGGGUCACUGGCUCCUGGCUGGGUGUCUUCUGGCAUAUUUGGCAGUCAAGCAACGAGCCGGGGUUCACGGCCAUCCUUUCCUUCUAAUGAAGGCGGGAGUCACGAUAGCCGCGAGCUAGGCAAUCGCUCAUUGCUGUCGUCCUCUGGCGCGCAGAAUUCUCGCAAAGGCAAAACUUUGCAAAUGCCAGCAGGCCGGAACAGCGAUGCGCCUACGGUUGGCUCGGAGUUGUCAGAGAAGACUGGGGGAAAGAAGCCUCCAAAGCGUAGGAGGAUUAAAACACACCUGGUCAACCAGGACAAAUUCGAUUUAGACGGGUACUCAUCUACGUCAAUCUUGGAUGUUGACCUCAAAAGCAAGUGCAGAUUCUACCAAGAAAGCUAUGCAAAACUUCUUGACGUGUGGCAGUUACACCUACAACGCGCCGAGGUUCUCAAAUUCGAUGGCAUAGUGGCAGAAGGGUUGGAGUUGGGGCAUGGCCGAUCAAAUACUGUUCACUCGACCGCUGGCGAUGGUCUAGAGCGGCCACGCAGGAAGAUGUUGACUUCGGCAUCUCAAGCCACAAAUCUUGGUCUCGAAAUAAGGCGCCUGUGUCGCAAUUGUGGUGAGCUCCCGGCCCCGAUAGAGAAAAAUGGUAUACCCAUUGCAUGGCAAUGCGUCACUCCGACAUGCAUUUCGUCCGAUCAACAGUUGGGAGUGAGAGCUGGCAAAGCGCCCAAGCGAAGUGCCUGUGCCAUUUGCCAUACCUCGAUUCAGGGUCUGGCGGGAUGGUUUGGUGCUCGACAGGCAAAGGACGACAAGACAAGAUCGAGGCGGUCUUCGGCCGAGAAAGCACAGCUUUCGCCAGUUGAGGACGAGGACAAUGCGGAUGGCUUCAGCGAGGAGCAGCCGAAUGAGCACGAUUCUUGUCCAACAGGCUGCGGCUGUCCCUGUGCAACGCUCAUCACCGUCGACGUCCCAUAUCCUUCGCCGACCGAUAGAAGUGUCAACAUCGGCAAUCGUGAGCAUUCCUAUCUGGAACCGCCCCAAUUGACCCAUCAACUUAGCCGUGGCAGCGGAGAAAGUUUCAAUCUACCUCGCUCGACAAGUGUCGUCGUCCCUCCAUCACAUUCGCAUUCCUCGACCGAAACCGCGACUGGAGGCGCAGAUACCGCGUUGGCGGCUUUUCUAGCUCUCACUCAGUCCCACCAACGAUCGAAGUCGGUUCAUGUGGUGUCAGCACGAAGCAAGGCAUCCUCGGUCUCUCGACCUCCUGAGGUGCAAAGCCGAGGUGGGUUGAGCAAAACGCCGAAUGACAGCGGCAAAACGACCAUAUCAGACAGCGAUGCAGAGCCAGCGACAGUGUCGCAAUCGGGUGAAGGGGAGGAUUCGAACUCUCUCAACCCUUUUGUCGGGAGCAAGAUUGCGACGCUGGGACGAGGGAUCGGCGCCGGCCUCAGUCGCGGCUUAACGUCGAAGGCAAGUGACGCUACCAUUCGCAAGAUCAAGCGAUAG